AUGACCUCUUGGGCAUCCAAACUGGCCGCGGGGUUGCUGGUGGUCGCCGCUAUGUCGACACCUUCAGCUGGAGCGCCGCAGGCUUCAUCUACCGCAGAUCCUGCAAUAAUAACUUUACCACCGACAGCGCCGCUCAACCCUCCGCAAGAUCCUCCCCCUGACCUAGCAUCCUUCGACGAUGUGCCCUACCCACCCUUGCCAGCAGAUUGGGACACUAAUGUUACCGUCACUAACCUCCUCGGAACUCGUCUGUACGGCUGGAUAGGCUGUAGUCCGGAUGAUAGGGAAAAGAUCAGAGGUGCCUACGACGACUUUCAUUUUCUCGCCGACCAGCCAGAGAUCACCGCAGGUUUUAUCGAUGGCAAGCUCAGGACUGGCAUCGAUUGGACAGAUCAGGCAGCUAAAGAUUUUUGGGGGCCUGUGACAGGAAAGAACAGGGCUUCAGAUAAUGAUAGGAAUGCGAUACAGAUACUCUUCGACAACCUCCAGCAAGUUUAG